CAAUUAACUAACUUUAUUAUAACUUUUCUUUUCCAAAAAAUAUAAUCUAUAAACCUUACUUCUCCUAGAAGGACUCUUCACCUCUGCUUUUUCUCUUCAACAAACAUUUUCAUUUUUCACUGCUUACUUCAUUACAGAAGAAUAUCAUCAAUGGCUACUCCAAAAGAACACGUUGAAGAGAUAAGAAGAACAAAGUUCUCUAUUGGAGGGAAUCCAAAUCCUUUGACUGAAGAUCUUCAUCAUGCUGUCAGGAAUCUCUCUGCUGAACUUUAUGCAAAAGAUGUUCAUUUCCUCAUGGAACUCAUUCAGAAUGCUGAAGAUAAUCACUACAACGAAGGAGUGAAGCCAGCAUUGGAGUUUGUCGUAACUUCUGAUGACAUUACUGCAACUGGUGCUCCAGCUACAUUACUUAUUUUCAAUAAUGAAAAGGGUUUCUCUCCAAAGAACAUCGAGUCCAUUUGCAGUGUUGGGCGAUCAACGAAAAAAGGCAAUCGGAGCAGUGGUUACAUUGGCGAAAAAGGAAUUGGAUUCAAGAGUGUGUUUCUGGUUACUGCUCAGCCUUAUAUAUUUAGCAAUGGAUAUCAGAUAAGGUUUGAUGAGAAACCUUGUCCACAUUGCAGUCUUGGGUAUAUAGUUCCUGAAUGGGUUGAGGCGAAGCCAACUCUUGUGGACAUCAAGAAGAUAUAUGGUAAAGAUUCCCUUCCCACAACAACAAUUGUGUUGCCUCUAAAGCCGGAUAAGGUCAAACCCGUUAAACAGCAGCUCUCAAGCGUUCAUCCAGAAGUCCUUUUGUUUCUAACCAAAAUCAGACAUCUUUCUGUCAGAGAAGUUAAAGAGAAUGCCAAGCAGAACACUGUGACUGCUGUAUCUAUUUCAAGCGAGAUUGACUUUGUGACUAGGAAAAACAUGAAUGCAGAGUCUUACACACUCCACCUCUCUGCAGAGGAAAAUAGUGAUGCUGAGAAGGAAUGCAGCUACUACAUGUGGAAGCAAAAAUUUCCCGUCAGGUCGGAAAAUGUGGUUGAAAGGAGAACGGAUGUGGAAGAAUGGGCUGUGACACUGGCCUUCCCUAAUCAGGAGAGGCUUCAUAGAGGAAAAAGCUCACCAGGGGUCUAUGCAUUUCUUCCUACAGAGAUGGUCACUAAUUUUCCUUUCAUUAUUCAAGCCGAUUUUGUCCUUGCCUCAUCAAGGGAAACAAUUCUCUUGGAUAAUAAAUGGAACCAAGGGAUACUUGAAUGUGUUCCUUCAGCCUUUAUGGAUGCAUUCAAAACACUUGUCAUAGGAUCCGAUCAGGCUCCAGUAUCCAGUUUGGUUCGUAUGUUCAAGUUUAUUCCCAUUGAAAGUUCUCCAUUUGAGAAGCUUAAUUAUGUGAGGGACACGAUCAAAGAAAAAUUGGUUGAUGAAAGUAUUGUUCCAAUAGAAACAUACACAAAGCAGAAGCACUUCUAUAAGCCUGGUGAAGUUAACAGGCUGCUGCCUGAAUUCUGGAAUAUUUUGACUAAAGCUCGUGAUGAAGGAGUGCACUUGCUUAACCUUUCUUCUCAUGAUGGCAGGAAGAUAUUAAGUUCAUCUUUUGAUAAAAGUGAGUAUGACCAAGUACUCAAUUUUUUAGGGGUGAAAUCAGUGAAUGUUAAUUGGUAUGCAAAGUGCAUUCAGAGUUCUAAUCUUGUGGAUGGAGUAUCAGAAAAUCUCUAUCUUCGGCUUUUACUGUUUGUUGCGAAAAACUGGUCUUCAAGAUUUAAGGGCACAAACAUAACUAGCAUUCCAAUGAUUAAAUAUGUGGCUUUUGAUGGAACUCAAUCCUCGUUCAGUCUUAAUGAAUGCACACAGCAGCAUGCCGGUUCCAAGCGAUUGGUAAUAGCAGACUCAAGUCAGUCUAAUGCUUGUUGGCUGAUCAAUUGGAAUAAGGAAUUUGCAUGUGCAUCAAACAGGUUUUUUAUGCCAGAAAGCACACAAAAUGCUAUUUUGCGUUUCCCCCAGAAACAGACUUUGAUGGAAUGGCUUUCAAAUGAUGUUUAUGUUACUAAUUUGAGUGUGUAUGAUUUUGCAAAUGUCCUCUGCAGUUCUGUUAAAAAUAACAGCAAACAUGCCAUUGCUUAUGCUCAUUUCCUAUACCACUCUUUGUCAAAAGGGUAUUUGUCAAGUCGGGAGGUUGAUUGUCUAUGUAGCUCUAUGCCACUUGUGGACAACUACGGAUGCGUCACAGAUAAAAGAAAAGGAGUUCUUGUGCCUGCAAAUGUGAGCAAAUGGGCAGAUUUGAUUGUUUCCAAUCCAUGGAGACAUGAAAAUUAUGUUGAGCUUGGAAAGGAGUACCUAAAUUCAUCAUCUUAUGCAGGCCAAUAUACAAGUUCCGGGAAGCUAAUUGAUUUCCUCAAAACUCAUGUUGGAGCUUCUGACAUACCAAAUAUAUCUCCUCCAAAUGCUGGGUUUUCAGCGGUAGAUACACCGCUUACCAAAGACAAUGCCUUCUUGCUUUUGGAUUGGAUCCGGAAUCUAAAGUAUAAGGGAAAGCACCUACCAGAGAGGUUUUUAAAAAGUAUAAAAGAUGGCAGCUGGCUUAAAGUUACUGUCAAUGGAUACAGGCCUCCUUCGAAGUCAUUCUUAAUUCGCUCACCAUUGGGGAAGAUUUUGCAAAGUGGUUCCGUUCUUGUUGAUAUACCUCUGAUUGAUGAGAGCUUCUAUGGUGUUAAAAUAAAUAAGUAUGAAGAGGAGUUGAAGACAAUUGGAGUGAUGUCCAGUUGUGAAGAAGCAUGCAAUUUCAUUGGAAGAGAACUGAUGUCUCGUGCGUCUUCCUUUACUUUAAGUAAGAAUCAUGUUCUUUUGAUGCUUAAGUUCAUACAAUAUCUCAGGAAAAGUCUGCUCCCUGUGGACAAAUUUGUGAUCAGCAUCAAAGAUGGACCUUGGCUAAAGACAACUCGAGGUCUUAGGUCUCCUAAUGGAUCUGUAUUGAAUGAUUCCGAAUGGAACGUUGCUUCCCAAAUUAGUAAUAUCCCUUUUAUCGAUCAAUUUUAUUUUGGUGAGGAAAUCAAUAAUUACAAAGAGGAGCUCAAGUUGCUAGGUGUGAUAGUUGGAUUAUCUGGAAAUUAUCAAAUUGUGAUCCAGCAUUUAAAAUCUACCUCAACUUUGUUCUCUUUAACAGCUGAGGCUGUUCUUUUGAUAAUGCAAUGCAUCAGAGUCUUGAAUGCCCCCAGUAAACUCUUAACUUCACUGAAGGGAGCAAGCUGCUUUAAGACAAACAUGGGUUUCAAAAUUCCAAGUGAAUGUUUCUUGUAUGACCCAGUGUGGGGCUGCAUUUUGGAGGUAUUCAAUUGCCUUCCUGUGAUUGAUCAUAAAUUCUAUGGACAUAAGAUUUUCGAUUACAAAAAUGAACUGAGGCAAAUCGGUGUGGUGGUUGAUUUUGGUGAAGCUAUCAAAAAAUUUGGUUCGCUUUUCAAACAGAAGUCAUCACAAUCUACAUUUAACCGAGAAAAUGUCAUGUCUUUUCUUUCUUGUUGCAAGCAGCUUAAGGGAACUGUAUAUAAAUUUCCUUCUGAUUUCUCAACCAUUAUACAUAAUCAGAAGUGGCUGUAUACUAAGGUUGGUUGUUAUACGUGCCCAAGAAAGUGCAUUUUAUAUGGUCCAGAGUGGAAAUCUAUAUCUUCAAUUACUUAUCUCCCUUUCAUUGACGACAGUGACAAAUUUUAUGGUACUGCAAUACAUGGAUACAAAGAAGAGUUGAACAACAUUGGUGUUGUAACUGAACUGAAAAAUGGAAUGAGGUUUGUGCCGGAAUGUCUGAGUUUUCCUUCAGAUCCCUCAACUAUUAGUCCUGAAAGUGUGUUUUCUUUAAUGGAAUGCAUUCAAAGUCUAUUGCAAGAGCAUAAGAUUUCAAUCGAUGAUGACUUCAGAAAGAGAUUGUCCAGAAAUUGGUUAAAGACACAUGCUGGUUAUAGGCCUCCUGAGAUGUGUUUGUUGUUUGAUUCCAAGUGGAGUUCUUUCUUUAAUCCAACUAAUGGACCUUUUAUUGAUGAAAAUUUUUAUGGACCUAAAAUGUCAUCUUUCCAGAAAACUCUCAAAGCGAUAGGAAUCACUGUUGACCUAGAGAAUGGGUGUGCCUUGCUUGCCAGUCACCUUCACUCUCUCUCUAACACUGAUAAUAUUCUGAAAAUUUAUAGGUACUUGUCCGGAUACAAUUGGAAACCAGAGGAGAAAGCUGACAAGAAAAUUUGGAUUCCGAAUGGAACUGAUGGUGGAAAGUGGGUCAACUCUGAGGAGUGCAUCAUACAUGACCCGGAUAAGCUUUUUAGUUUAAAAUUUUAUGUUCUUGAAGAUAUCUAUGAUAGGAAGAUUCUUCCCUUCUUUACCUUUGCCAUGGAAGUCAGGAGUAAGCCCUCACUUGAUGAUUAUGUUAAUGUUUGGAAUGAUUGGGAGAGAUCAUCGGAAGAAUUGUCAUAUGACAAGUGCUCGAAAUUCUGGAUGUUUAUCAUGAAACACUUCAGCACAAAUACAGAGAAGAAACUUUCUGAGAGGCUGAUCAAGCUUCCUGUAACAACAGGCAGCAAUGAAAUAUUUCUGUUGGCUAAAGAAAAUGUGUUUAUUCCUGAUAACCUUCACUUGAAGAAGCUUUUUGAGCAGGAGAAGAUUUUUGUGUGGUAUCCUCAGCAGAAUUUUGGUCCAUUGUCCAUUUCCAAGAUAUACGACAUCUACAGAAAGAUCGGUGCUCGCAAUAUAUCUGAAUCACUAUGCAAAGUAGAGUCAUCUGUAGCUAAUGAUAAUGCUGUUGAACUGGUGCAAAUUGAUCAUAGCAAUAUUUUCAACUUAAAAGGUUUGGUUAAGCUCAUUCUUGGUUUCCUUGCUUGUUCUAGCCUGAAAAUGGAACCAGAAAAGAGGCAUGAAGCUGUUCAAGGUCUACUCAACCUGAGUUUCCUUGAAACAUUGGAGCCGGUCUCGCUAAGCUAUAGUUUAUCACUGUCAUCAGGGUGCAUCAUUACAAAGAAAUAUGACAAAAUGGUGCGCUGGGAAAAGCAAAGUUCCAAGUUUUUCUUCCAGAAGAUGGAUGAGCCUCAGAAAAAUGCACUGAAGUAUGCGACAUAUUUCUCUGAGACGAUAUCUGAAGGUGUUUUGUGUGAGAAUCAUGAUUUUGUUCCUGCUCUUUCUGAGUUAAUCACAUUGGGUUUUGUGCUGAAGUUCACGAAUGAAGAUAUUGAUUUUCUGAUGGAGUCGAAGAAUUUACAGAUUUUCUGCGAGGAUGAGAAGCUCCUCAGUUCUGCCUUCCCUUCUGACUAAGGAUUCUGCAUAGGUUUACUUGUUACUAUGUCUGUCUCUUUACGGAAUGUUUAAGUUUUCUCGUUCUCGUAACUAUGUUCUCUUUUCAGUGUUUUGUGAGUCUAUGUUAAGACACUUUUGUUAUUAUUGUUAUCACUGAAUUUCUUAUAAGUAUCUGUCGACAAUAUCUUACAUUGGUUUACUUUUGUUAUUACUGAAGUACUCUUAAAACAACUGUUAUGUUUUAUUAUUUUCUUUUGGUUUCUGUUCUUAAAACAACUGUUAUUACUGAAGUCCUCUUUUUGGACUAAUGUAUGUGCCUUCAACUAAUUAACUAGGUAGUUCCUAUUCAUUAAUUAAUGUUAUAAUGCAUAUAAGAUAGAUUGUGUUACAUUUAGUAUUAGAUAGUUAUGAAAAAUGAGACACUUGAUUUUAUAGAAGAAAUGGAAAAUUAAUAGUUUUGGUUUUUUAUAAACAAAUAACCUGCAGAGAUGUAUGAAGAUGGUGAAAAAUAUCAUUGACUGAUAAUUUUCUUUUUUUGACAGUGACUGAUCAUUUUCUUAUGUCUUCUACUCUUUUAUGGUUGUAAAUUUUAAAUUUUCAGAUAAAUAUCAUUCGAACCUUAAACACUAUAUUUUUUAUGAUUAAAAACAGAAUUAUACAAGUUUUUCAUGUUUGGUUUUUUUAAAUAGAAUUAUGAGCGACAUAUUUUUUCAGUAUUGAAAAUAAAAUUUGUCUCAAAUAACUAAUAACGGACAAGAGGUUUUAUACUCUAAUUUAAGCAAAUUUUUGGAGUGUAAUCAACGAAAUAAACUAAUAGUGGAAAAAGAAUACCUUAACUUCGUCAAAAAAAAAAAAAAAA